AUGCUUCCCCCAUCAGACUCAUUCCGUCAUCAGCUUCAAAAGCUGGCAGAGGUUCGAGCUAAUCGCAACAGCCCUCCACCCACCGCUCCUCCUCCAUAUACACUGUCAGUCUGCCAACCUGAUGGUAGAACUGUCAUGGCCAUCAACCCCGACCAGGAAGAGGAGUCUGGCCCUAUCAUCAUCCGAAUUGAUAACUCCAUCUCCCUGGCUGGCCAGGACAAUACCAUUAUUCUCCCAUCUGGAGCUACCCUUCCUCCAACUCAAACCGAGGCAAACACAUCGUCGGCCAAUAGGCCUUCCCCUCCGCGACACGCAAACAUGUCAUUGACUGUGACCGCUAUAAUUGACGCUUUGAACCGCGUCAACGCCCUUUGCGAUGUGUCCGGUAACCUGAGAACAUUUGAGGUCAAUCUCAAUGCUGGUAUAAAGGUUGAUGGUCGAAGCAACACCAUAUGCAUGGGGAACAUGGCCAGGGUUCCCCAGCCUAAGACGCAGGCGCCUGCUGAGGAAAGAGAGGAUCUUGGUUGGCCCUCAUCCUAA